ACGUGGAAGGCAGAACGACGGAGUCCCGCACGUUAAAUUCAAAAACCGUUGUCGGCAUUUGGAAUACGCACACUACCGUAAUAAUCGGGCUCGCGACAGUCAGACAGACAUUAAUUUAAAUAAACAAAUUUACGAUUUCUUCAAACGCACAAAUCUACAAAUACUUUCCCGGUUUGUCACUAUAGAUGUUAUUGUUAUUAUUAUUGUUGUUGUUGUUGCUAUUAUUGUUUGUUGUAGUGUUCGUAAUUGUUGCCGUGAAGACGGACAACAACAACAACAACAACAACAACGGGCAAAACACAAAUUGCAGUUCAAGUGGAAAAUCAACGACCGCAGAGAAAAUCUUUCUAAAAAUAAAAAGUGUACAACAAGUGCAGAUAUUUUGUAUGCAUAUAUAGAUAUAUACACAUAAAUAUUUACAGCACCCAUCCAUGCAUCCGUAUACAUAUAUCUGAAUCUGUCGUGUAUGUGUGUGUGUUUGUGAGUGUGUGUGUGUGUGUGUGUACUAAAUAUCGACCAAAUAUAUGUAUAAGGCCCGCUGGGGCAUUAACUUUUUAUAUUGACCGCUUCCGCUGCCGCUGCCACUGCGCCGUUAUUUGCCGCUCAUUAGAUGCACAAGCAGAGGACGAUUGACGAUAAUUUGUUGUUGGCCAGCGGACUCGUUCGCACCAGGGAGCAAGCGGUACGGUGACGAGGAGAAAGGAGCACCCAGAAAGCGCACCAAACCAAAAAGACACACACACACAAACGGCAGACAGCAAACAGCAAACAACAAGCCUAUUGAAUAGCAGCUGCCGCACAAGAUGCUAAACGCACGUACUACAACAUAAUUUGGUCAAUCUCAUUUGCCUAGCGACUUGCCACACGCCAGUCCUGUCCAGUCCUGCCCAGUCCAGUUCAGUUCAGUUCAGCUCAAUUCAGUCCAAGCACAGUCAAUCCAUAAGCAAAACGCAUCCAAAAUGGUCGACGACAUCUCACCCAUGCAUCAUCGCAUGCAGAAGAAGACUCGUAGCGCAUCCAUUUGCGCUACGGGGGCCAGCAUCGAGACAAUUAUACACAACAUGCCCUCGGGCAGUGCCACGCCCGAGGGGGGCACGCCCGGCUACCGCCGACGCAGACCAGCAACGCGCACCCAGAGCGCCCGCAUCACCACAGGCGCCAGAUCGGUACGCAGACGCACACAGGCACAACAACAGCAGCAGCAGAACCCGCUGCAGGAUACUCGAUCCUACUGCACGAGUGAGCCGCGCUUAAGUGAGACGGAGACUCCACCUCAGCGGCGCAAACUUUCACAGCGCCGACCACAACAGCACGCACACAGAAAAUCGAACGCCUUCCUCGACGUACCCACCAUGAAUAUGCAUCACCUGCGCGUGACUGAUGACGACGAGGACUUGGAUCGCCUGCGCACUUUCAGUGCAUCCAAGGGGGGUAUCAUUAAUCGUGGCGACUCCUUCAGGCGUCGACGUUCACGCAGCAACAGCCUCGCACCAACCAGUCCCAUGCACCCGCGCAGCGUUGUGGGCGGCCCUGGUGGGGGCGGUGGCGGGGGCAGCAACAUGGGCAGCGGCUAUAUAGCCGGAAACAGCAAUGGCUAUGGCGAGCCUCAGGCUGCGGACAAUCAUCAGCCCGUCGAGUUUUAUCGCGUCGAAAUGCUGGGAUCGCCGGGUGUUGGCAAACAGGCGCUCAUCUCGCAGUUUCGCACCUCGGACUGCAUCAAUGCGUAUGAUGGACCCGAGUGCGAUGAGGCCGAGCAGAACAUUUCCAUUAUACUGAAUGGCACCGAGUCGGAAUUAAAGUUCCUCACGGGCAACCCCGAGAGCAAGGAGGAACUGGAGCAGGCGGACGCCUUUCUGGUGGUUUACUCCUGCAUCGACAAGGAGUCGUUUACGCGUGCCAAGCAAAUACUCUCACGUCUGCAGGAUAUGGAUUUGCUGCGCCACCGACCCAUCAUACUGGUGGCGAAUAAAAUUGAUUUGGCCCGCUCCCGUUCCGUGUCUGCGCAAGAUGGCAAGUGUCUGGCUUGCACGUUCGGAGCAAAGUUCAUAGAGGUUUCCGUGGGCAUCAACCAUAACUGCGACGAGCUGUUGGCGGGCACCCUGACCCAGAUACGCUUGAAGAAGGAUCAGAACCUGCUUCAGCUUAAUCCGAAAAAGUCGAAAGACAAGCUUAAGUUUAAAGACAAAGACAAGCAAUUAGAGCUAGAAACUGAAACUUGUCUAACUGAACUUAAGCCUGACGUUGGGGGGCCUCGAGAUGCCAACUCUCCGGCGCAUUGGUAUAAGAGUCGCAGCGUUAUGUUGGCCAGCAUGAAGGCGCGUCAGAUGCUUACAUGGAUACUGGGAAAGGAGGACUCCAAGUUUAAACACUGUGAGAACUUGCAAGUGCUAUAAACAGUCGGCAUUUGGAGAAACCGACCGAAAAGUAAACACCAAAAUCCUAAUUAACCAAAUAAUGAGAAAUUACUUCUUAUUUUUAAAUGUACUAUAUAAUACGUAUGUUACGGCAUAACCUUAAAAAGGAACUAAUGGGGGUCACAAAACAAGUAAACAGGUUUCGAUCUUUCGAUUACCGUUACAUGAACAUACACCAAAAAAAUUUGUAUGUAUAUUUAAUUACCAUAUAUAGUAUAUUGUAUGUUUGUAUUUAUGUAUAAAAUAAAUGUGUACGUGAUGUCUAUAUGCAUAGCUCUGUUUAAUCAAAGAACAAAUUUUACUGUAAGGCAAAUGAAAUUUCAAAUACCUAGGUAACUAAAGCCUGAUAAUCAAAAAUUAAAUCAAAUUUAAUUUAAAAAGUGGGUGAGGAGCGUAGAAGCAUGAUUAGCAGAAAAACAUGCACAGAACCAACAGCCGUAAAUCUACUCGAAUUUUCUAUUUAAAAUUGGUAAGAUUAAUAAAUAUUUUUCCUAAGCUAUGUAGAAAGAGUAUCUAUUUACAUAUGUGGGUAACUGAAAAAUGCGAUUCUUUGUUUAUUAUACUAUAUGUUCUAUGUGUAAUUACAUAUUUAUGUGAAUUUGUGCGUAAUUUAUAACAAUAAAUACAUGUAUGUACUAUUAAUAAUCAAAAGUGGUCAACAAGGGGCUCCACUCGCUCAACCUAUAAUAUAAUUUAAAAUAAUAAUAUUAUUAUUAUCAAAAUAUUAGGAACAAGGAGAGUAUUACAGGGUUUAAAAACAUUAGGUAAACAUUUAUAUUCUUGGAAGCAUAAGGAUGCAUGUACGAGUAUAUAUGUACUAUAUUUGUAUGAACUGAACUAAUACUAUAAUGCUAUCCAAUACUUACGUUGAGUUUAUUUUUUCGUCUUCCGAUUCUUAUGUAAACAAAAUAUUGUGUUUGUAUUAUUCAUUUGUAUUUAAAUAAAAUUGCAAUGUGAGGAAUUUGAGAAACAUAAUACAAGAUAUAGAAACUUUGGUAUAAAUAGGUACACAUAUAUUUGUAUAUCUUGUAACAUGUAUAGGAACUGUAAGCAGCAAAACAAUAAUUCAUCUAGAAGGAUUAAUACAUCAAUUAUUUAAACUUUGUAGCUUGUGUGUACUUCAAUAUAUGAUAUUCUGAAGGUCUUAACUGGAAACAUUGGAACGUUAAAUAUAAAUAUUUCAGCUUUAAUGGAGAAGUCGAUUUUCGACAAGUAAUUUGUAGUAUCUUGAAUAACUUUUGAAUAUUUCUCUGAUUUCUGUG